AUGCGCCGCGACCUGGAGGGCUCCGUGGACGGCACCUUUGAAGUGAGCUGCGUCGUGCCCUUGCAAGCGAGCGCCAGCGCGCUCCACGCCGCCGCCGACCGCUGCGACCUCGACGGCGUCGAGUGGGCGCUCGCGGCGGGCGCCGACCCGUCGACGCGCGAGGCAGAGCACGGUCUGACGCCCCUCUGUUUGGCCUGCGGCGGCGCGUCGGCCAACUGCGGCGCGUCCGAGGCCUCGACGUGCUCGUCGCUGGAAGGCGACGAGCGCCUGGCGUGCGUCAUCGCCUUACUCCGGGCCGGUGCACGUCCAGACAGAGCGACCUGGGACGGCUUCGCUCCGUUACAUUACGCGGCGUCGAAGGACGCUGGGAUUUGUGACCAAUUACGUAUUAUCGACGAAUUGUUGGACGCCGGCCCGGACGUGUGCCAGCGCAACGACGCCGGCUGGGCCCCGGUGCACUACGCCGCGGAAGCCGGGAACCUGGAGCUCGUCCGGCGCUUUUUGAGGGCCGGCGCCGAUGUUAAGUCCAGGAACCCCGCGGGGUUCCUGACCGAGUGUCAUAGGAGGGCCUGGCCCGCGGUCCUCAAGGCGGGCUACCCCAUUCCAAGAUUGCGCCACCCCGGCACUUCCCCAACACACUUCUCCUGGGAUUUGGUGCAUUACCUGCGCCGGACGAAGCCCGACACGUUUUUGUACUUGGAACGAGUUGGGAGCCACGAGUCGUUCGCGAAGUACGAGGCGGCCCAUCUGACCAAGUUCGUGAAGUUUCUGAAGUUCCUGCCCGUGCCCGAGGCUUUGCUACCGACCGUCGCGGCGUUCUACGCCCACGCUGGCUCCUACUGACUAAACCCCCUGCGCGCCGGCCG